AGACAAUUUUUUUUUGUUAUGUCAAAUCGUAUGCUUGUGCUUGUAGGGCUACCAGGUUCUGGUAAAAGUACCUUAUCCAAUAAAAUUAUCCAGUGCCGUCCUGUAAGUGUUCAUACUCUGUUGCGAUUAACUCAUCUUAAAAGGAAUGGCAAAGGGUUAAUCAAGACGACAUGAAAUCAAGAAAGGCAUGUGAAAUGUAUACUAAACAAUUCCUCAACAAGAAAUACAAUGUCGUUGUGGAUCGCUGUAACUUUGAUCGUGCUCAACGAAAAACUUGGAUCGAUAUUGCUCGACACUACAACAUACCGAUUGAUUGUAUUGUGCUAACUGCUGAUAAACAAGAGUGUGGAAGUCGUAUUCAAACCAGACAAGAUCAUCCAACAGGCGUUACGGGUCAAGAGGGUAUUGUGGUACUAAAUCGAUUUGUAAAGAAUUAUCAUCCUCCUACACCUGAGAGAGCAGAAGGCUUCUCCCGCAUUCUCUAUUUGGAUCCAAGCCCAGAUCCUAUCUGUACCACAGAGCGCAUUGAUGAGAUAUUUGAACGAUUAGAGGCAUGUCCAUUGUUAAUAGAACGCACAGCAUAUCGUAUCGAGAAGCCAACAACAGUAGUAGAUAGUGAAGGCUGGUUGACCAUUGUUCGACCCGAGAAUAAAGAAUAAUUGUUUAAGCACUGUCUUGCUGUCAUUCUGUCAUAAUAUCCUUUGAAGCGUUUAAAUAUCCAUUGGCUAAACUUUAAAGCCUAGACCAUAAGCCAUGCUGACAAAUUUAUCAUACUUUAUCUUUUUAAAAGGCGAAUGACGUAAAUAUUAUUGACACUUGGCGGGUUAGUUGUUUUUUUUAUGGUAGCACAUUUGAUUGUAGUUUAUGCAUAUAUAUAUAUAUAUAUAUAUAUGUAUAC